GGUGAUGUGCGCGUGGCUAACAUCACUGCAGAAACGAGCCAUUUACUGUUUUAAUUAGAACUUUUAAAUAAUUCAAAUAGAAAAUGUAUUCAUAAUUGAAUAAUCAUCAUUAAUACAUGCUAAAAGGUUAUCUCAUAAUAUAUAAGCCGAAAGUAUUCAACAUAUAUAUUAAGAUUAUUUAAUAAACAACAUGACAACAAUUCCGUCAGGUACUAAUUUAUCAACUAUUCUUGAUUCCCAUGUAGUUGAUAAAAAAUUGGGCAAAACUGAAUUAAAUAAUUUAAGUAAAAACCAGUUAAAAAAAAUAAAAAGAAAAGAAAAAUGGCUUGCGCAUAAAUCUGAAAAAAGGCUGAAGGAGAGAUUAAAAGCUAAAGAAAAACGUGCUUUUGCUCGAGCACAUAAUAUAAAUCUUGGACCAUCGAGAAAAUCAUUAAAAAAAUGUACUAUGGAAAAUAGUAGUUGUAAACUAACAAUAACAAUCGACAUGGGAUUUGAUGAGUUAAUGAUUGAAAAAGAUAUUUCCAAACUUACUAAACAAAUUUUGAGAUGCUAUACUUUAAAUAGAAGAGCCCCUGCACCUGUACAAUUUUCAUUGACUAAUUUCAAUAACAAGUCAAAAGAGCAAAUGGAGAAACACAACGGCUACGAGCAUUGGGACGUUAAAUUUUUUAGUGAAUCAUAUUGUAAAGUAUACGAUUCGAAAAAAAUAAUUUACCUUACGAGCGAAUCUGAAAAUAUCAUUGAUAAAUUAGAUCAUGAUAGUGUUUAUGUAAUUGGAGGUUUAGUAGAUCAUAAUGGCCAUAAAGGCCUAUGCCAUAAACUUGCCGUUCAAGCCGGCGUACAACAUGCUCGAUUACCGUUGGACAAAUUUUUAAAUAUGAAAACGCGAAAAGUUUUAGCAGUCAAUCAUGUUUUCGAAAUAAUGUUGCAAAUAACUGAAGGAAAAACAUGGCAAGAUGCAUUUCUCCAAGUACUUCCUCUUCGAAAAAAUGCAAAACCAGUUACGCAAGACGACAAAGAUGAGAUUAAUUCAUCGAUUGAGAGUAGUGAUUAAAAUUUUCUACCGUACAUUGUUACAUGUAAUAAACCAAGUAUGUAUAUAAUAAAAAAUUUUAAAUAUA